AACAUCAUCUUUCGCCAGUUGCCUAAUUCACGAGCGGAAUCUCCGGAUUGUGUUGAUCAGUUGGAGACGAUGCAAGAUCUUCGUCGACACCUGAUGGAUCAAGCUCGAAUUGACGCGGUCUGUCAAAUGCCGACGACUACUUGCAUGAUCAGCUGGCGGACGACAUUCACAUGUGUCACAAAUUGGAAGCACUUCACAUGCACCACCGCUUGCUUCAAGAGGACCAUUCGUCUUGAACAUCAAGAUGCACCGGAGAUGACCUUCCCGCCGAGCCGCAAGUCAACAAUGAAGUGAAAAGAAGUCCAGGCUUAUUGUCCGACGAUUCGAGGAAUUUCAUUGUCCGCGUCACUUUCGCAUUGUCAGAAACGCCAUUCACUGGUAUCAUUGUCCGACACAAAACACCUUUCUUCCC